CAUGUGUGUGUAGAGAUGCAGAGUGGGACUUCACAUAAACCCACCCAUCCCCUUCUCCUCUGCCCUUUGCUUUUCCCCUAUAUAAAAUCCCUACUUAUUUCCUUUAGAUUUUAUUAAGAGAGUUUCAGGUUCGGAGACACCACUCAGGCUUGCUUAACACACAAAUAAUAACCCAACUUCUUGAUUAAUUAAGCUGCAGACAUGGAGAAACUAGAAGACGACUUGUUCUUUGCAGACUUAACUAAGCAAAUCUCUCUUCUAAUCAUGGAUGAUGAGGAGGAUCCUAUCGCAACUUGCCCUUCAGUUUCUCUUCAGGCUUUCUCUUGUGCAAUCCACCCACCUGCACAUCCUGCCUUUCUGUAUGAGCAAUCCUGCAGGAGAGAAACCAAAGGAACUGGAGUUUUCAUCCCCCAAUCAAUACGUCCAAGAAGAAAGCACAGGCAGGGAAGGUUUGCCUCAUACAACUCAAAAUCCCACAGAUCGUCACAAGCUGAUCACAACAAAACGAUGGUUUCCCAAGCAUCUUCCGACUGCGCUUUUAGACCGAAAAAUGGAUGAGAUAUAGAACCCUAAUUAUCAAGAAGUAUUGUACAAUGCAAUAAACUUCUGCUGAUGAGUCCCUUUGCCAAACAUGGCAAGGCAAGGAUUUUAUGAUACUAAUAUUGUUAUUGUUAUGGUGAUGAUGUCUGUGUAUGGGAAGGCAAGGAAAAGCUAUUUACUUUUGUUCCUUACUCUGCCAAGGGGAGCUUACCAAAGGGUAGAUUGUACCCUUUGAAUUGUGAACGUGUAUGGGGGAUUGAGGUAUUGGAUAUAGGAUGAGCUUUCUCUAAUUCAUUAAAUUCUAUUCA